GGUCCAGGAAGAGCUCCGUUAAACAUGACUGCAUUUGGCGUGCAUCGCAUUUGUCUUGGCCUUGGGACACAUGCAUUUCUUAGGACGCUCCCGCCCCACAGGAAAACCCAUCUUCACAUCUCAUCAUGGCCGAGAUCGCGAAGUUACCUGUCAUUGAUGGAGAGACAUAUGGUGGAGAGCCCGAUGCUGCCGUCGAUGAUGCUCCUGAAGAGGUGGAGAAGAAGGGCACGGCUGCCGAUAGGCAUGCCAUGUGGAGGAUGGGCAAAGUACAGGAGAUGAGGAGGAAUUUCCGCUUUGUGAGCAUAUUCGGGUUCUCCAUGAUACUAAUGGCGAGCUGGGAAACAAUGCUAGGCACAGCAACCAUUGGCCUCGUCGAUGGAGGAACCGCAGGCUUGAUCUGGAUGUACCUGAUAUGUUGGAUUGGAUUCAUCUGCGUCAACACGUCGAUGGCUGAGAUGGGUUCCAUGGCUCCGACCAGCGGUGGACAGUACCACUGGGUCAGCGAAUUUGCUCCCGCAAAGUACCAGAAGUUCCUGAGUUACAUGAUCGGAUGGCUUUGCGUCCUUGGAUGGCAGACUGGCGCCGCCAACACGGCUUUCCUCGCAGGAACACAAAUCCAGGGAUUGAUUGCGCUCAACAAGCCCGACUACACCUUCGAGGCAUGGCAUGGCACGCUGCUUGUGUUUGCAGUAUCGGCAUUCAAUGUUAUCUUCAACACUUUUCUGGCAAAGAAGCUGCCACUGGUCGAGGGGAUCGUUCUGGUGGUCCAUAUCUUCGGAUUCUUCGCCAUCCUCGUCGUGCUCUGGGUCUUGGGCCCCAAGGGUGAUGCGGCUGCGACGUUUACGACUUUCAACGACUAUGGCGGAUGGAACAACUAUGGUUUGGCGACGCUCUCGGGCCUUGUUGCUGUUGUUCUCCCUCUGCUCGGAGCCGAUGCCGCCGUCCACAUGAGCGAGGAGCUUCGCAACGCCUCGAAAACACUGCCCCGUAGCAUGAUCUGGACCACUCUCAUCAACGGGUCAACCGGAUGGGUCAUGCUCAUUACCUUCUGCUCCGUCCUCGGAAGCCUUGACGAGGCACUCGAGACCCCGACCAAGCAGGCAUAUCUCUACGUCUUCUACAACGUGACCGAGUCAGUGUCCGGCGCCUCAGCCAUGGGAGCCCUAGUCAUCACCAUGGCUAUUUUCUGCAACUUGAGUAUCACCGCGACUUCCUCUCGCCAACUCUUCGCCUUCGCACGAGAUCAAGGCAUCCCCUUCAGCAGCACCUUCGCAUAUGUCAACCCCAAAUUCGACGUCCCCAUCAAUGCCAUCUGCCUCGCCUUCACCGUCUCCUGCCUCCUCUCCCUCAUCAACCUCGGCUCCUCCAUCGCCCUCAUAAACAUCGCCUCGCUCUCCACCGCCGCCAUCAUCGCCUCGUACAUCGUGUCCAUCUCCUGCAUCGCGCUCAAGCGCAUCCGGAACGAGCCUCUCCUGCCCUCAAGCUUUAAGCUCGGCCUCGCCGGCCUGCCCAUCAACAUCGCGUCCAUUGUCUUCCUCGUCUUCAUCUUCGUCUUCUCCUUCUUCCCCAUGGGACCCAAGCCCAGCCCUGCGGGGAUGAAUUGGAGCAUUUUGAUGUUUGGCUCGACGAUUGUGUUUUCCUGGGUUUACUACUAUCUUCAUGGGAGGCAUGUGUAUGCGGGGCCGGUGGCGUAUGUGCGCAAGUCUGCUUAACGGGGUCUGUCUAUGUUGUGUGGAA